CACGCACUUUCUGCAGCGUUUCACUGCUGCGGCGGAGAUUCCUUAAUUUGUUCUCUGGGUUAUUUUCGGAAUGCUUUUUUUUCCCCUUCUAAUCUUCUAACCAAAAGCUGGCCGAUGUGACAUUCCCGUCACGCAUGAAGUCCUUUAACCGGCCAUUUUCGGGAGCAGAUUCUUCUCGAAGCCACUUGACUGUAUCACGUUUCACCGAUUUAAAUGCCUCGCUCGUUUGAAAACGGUUGAGAAACAGGGAAACAAAAAAGAGAAGGUGUAUGUUUCCUCUUGCUUACUAGCUAGACUAAUGACACGAAAUCAAGGCAGGCUGAUUUAAUCUGAAUGAGUCUUUCCGGAUUUCUCAGGUAGCGAAAACCUUUAUGCGCUUUGACGUCUUUACUGUACUUCCCGGUGCGCCUUUAUCAGAUCUGGACCUGAUGUAUCGCUGGACUUCUUGGUUUGGCAUGGCUUGUGUCUGGACCUGGCACUUUCCACGGAAGAGUACAAUGAGCAUGUCUGUCCUUUGUGAAUUCCCUAGUGUCUGUGGGUGUCUGAGAAAGUAAACAUUUUAGGAAUACAAUGACUGGAAGUGACAAGUAACCAAUAUGUGACUUAGUAAACAUGUAAUCUCAAUCGCCUGCCAUAUCAGGUGCUAUGAGGCAGACACAUGGGUCAAAUUUGUAAAGGUGACUAAGACACUUGCUCAACAUUUUCCUCAGAAGCACAGGAAUAAUGCGUGGGAGCUGGGGGUGUGUGUAGAUCCCCCAUCCCGCUCUGGGGGAGAUAGACGGAGAGCAUAAAGGGAGGGGGCAGCGUGGCAGAAGCAGCCUUCAUCUUUAUUCAUGCACUUUGUUUGAGUGUCUUAAGAAACAAGGACCCAAGGGGGUCGGCAGUAGGCUGUGUGUGGAGAGUCCAGUGUUUGCGGGCUGAGUUCAGAGCUACUGCUGUGUUAGCGCACAUGCGUCACUCCCCCGACACAGACAAUAGUAGGGUGGAGAUUCUGUACCCCAUGUCCCAUACACGCCGCCCCCUGUGUGGGAGGACGUGUCAUCACAACAAUGGCUUUGUCAGGAAUUUUUACUCUCUUGCCACCUGUUUUGCCAUCGUCCUGUGUUCAGGUCUUCGGCAGGACUUGAUGAAGUGUCUCACACACACUGAGAAGCACUCUAUCACACACACUGAGAAGCACUCUAUCACACACUGAGAAGCACUGUAUCACACACACAUUACGCAUCUGCUGUGGCAGGAAUGAUCAGCCAAAGACAGAUUCAGUGACAGAGGGUCUAGAUCUCUUAUGCUGGAUUUCUGCUGCUCUGCAAUACCACCUGGGGACAUGUGGAGGCAGUACAGAGGCAACACUUUCUGGCUGCAAGAAUGCCAGAGAGGGAGGGAGGAAGAGAGAGAAAGAGGGAAAGGGAGAGACUGACGGGUAAAAAAUAGCGUGUCUGGGCUUCGGGUGCCUGCACUGAAACGUCGCAAGGAGAGAUGCAGCGAGGUGGAGAAAGGGGUGAGGCAGCACUCUGCGUCUGCAGCUUGGUUCUCACUCUUGAGCAGAUGCAGGAGGAGCAGGGGGUGUCCGCCGGGUAGCGGGAAGAAUGACAACGGCGUGGCUCAGUGCAGAGGCAGUAAAAAGUGAAUCCGGGGGCGUUUGGGGAGCCUGCCGCUGGGCCAGCCUGGCCCUGCCCCGUAUAUGGAUGCGUUGUUUUUUCCACGCGCCGGGUGGGGAGCCUGCUGCCGCUGGCUGUGAUGUCAGAGGAAUGCCACUCCGUCGGACCUGAUCCCCGGUAGCCGGGACCAUAAAUCGGGAACCAGACGGUGCGACGGACGUGUGGGGGAGGCACGGCCGAGCCCGAGCUCAAGGAGCAGAACCAGGAGCCGAGGAGGGGCAGGGAGCAGCGCCUGGGAGUCAGGGAGGGACUGAAAAGAGACUGAGGCCGCUAGACGCAGAGAGGAUUCUAAGAGGACAGACUGGCUGCCACAGCUGAGCUGGUUCCUAAGCAGCCGGUCUCAGAGCACAAGACAGCCGGCGUGACAGUAACCGAGGAGUUAAAGCAUCGUUUGGACGAGGACGGCACAUCACAUCAACGCCACAUCAACGCCACAUCACAGCUCAGCCUGUCAUGUGAAAAGGAAGCAGAAAGGAUUCUUUGUUACCAAGUUUUUUUUUUCUUUUUCCAGACACGGUCUUAGACGACCGGGUCCAUUACAUCCGACGUCAGUGCCAAUUACAACAACGGUCUCUGGGGAAGGCGGGUUGGUGAUGUAGACGCAGUACUGCCUUGGAGAUGUGUCGGCCCAGGAACACGUCGCUGAUCCACACCAGUGUCCUCUUCCUGGCCCUCGUCGCCAUGGUGGGAAUGACCCCACCACCUCCCCGCCCCCUCCCCCCCCCCCCCCCCAACAGCACGCUGCUCUUCGACAGCGCGCUCCAUGGCAACAGCCUGCGCAACUGCAGCUGCGCCUCGGAGAUCCAAGACUGCAGCGACACGCUGGCCAACCUGCUGUGCAGCUGCCGCACAGUGCCGCGCUCCUCGCUGCCCCCUGCUGGCCUCCGUAUGCAGGGCGGCCUGACAGUGUGGGUGCACGAUGGCUGGCUGCUGCGCGAGCUGCUGAACGGCAGCACGGUGCAGGACCUGCGGCUGUCAGCCUGCGGCCGAGCCGCCCUGUCUCCUCCGUUCCCGCCCCGAUACCUUGCACUGUUCGGCCUACGCAGCCUACGCGUGUUCAGCUCUGCCCCCGGCGCCGCUCACCCUGAACAGGCCCUCACCAUCUCUCCAGGCCCAACUUGGGACGUGUCUGGGGCACAGGUCGGGAUGCCCCCAGCGCCCUUCCACGUCUCCUUCCUGGAUGUAUCCGUCCUCAAUGGCCGCUCGUCCCUGAAGGCCUACAGCGUGAACAGCUCCUCCGCAGCCAACCUCACCCAGCAUUUCCCCCACCUGCCCCUGCCGCACGCACCCCCUCAGCACGGCCACCCCCAGCAGGCCUGCCUCCUCACCUUUAUCUACUAGACCUGGAGUGUGGGGGGGUUCCUGGAAUAAAUUAACAAAGGUGUUUGCAUUUACAGCACUAAAGCUUAAUACUGUCUGUUGAGAAGAAGGAAUGGACACACCAAGCAGGACUACAGCACAGGCGAGUCACGGGUCGAGCUAAGAGGAUCCAGCUGAGCUCUGUGUUUUCAUGCACUGGAUCUCCACUGGAUCUCUACUGGUCACUGACAUGCUAAGAGUGAAUGCUGGGGAAAUUCCGAUGGACCCCCCCCUAGGGAAGGACAUUUUCAAGCUGGGGUGUUUGACGUGCACUACAUGGUUGUCAGUUAUGACAAUCACCAACUGUUAAUCAGGUUAACUCACCAUGAGAAGAGAGGAAGAGAGAUCCAGACACAGUGGGGGUCACUGGGUGGGAAUCCAGAUCAUCGUUUUGGUGAAUCGUGCAGUGAGAUAAGUCUCACCGCAUGUGUUGGGCAUAGCCCACGCUGCUGCAGUCCACACUGUGUGUAUGUAUAGAUGCAUGUCUGAGAAAAGGCAGCGUGUUCUUGAGUAACCGAGAGCACGUUUGGUUGCGUGUGUCUGCAAGCUUGCCGCAUCUUACUGACCUUUAGCUUCAUCCCUGCUGGGUACUCUAACGUUACUCCGCAGUUACAACGACACAUCUGCUCAUGACUGUUGAAUUAUGGGACCUAAUACACGCCUCGUGUAGCUUGUAAGAGCACAGGAGGAAUCGGCUUGCAGCGGCGACUUCGGCUGCUCGUUUUGGCAGGUUAAGAAGCUACAGUAAGCUAAUCUUUUCAGUAGUUCUAAUGCCGCUCAGCCCAUUACCAUGGAGCCACAUCUCCUCUUGGAAUAUGCCUCAAAUUGGUUUGAUUAUGUAGCUAAACCAAUGUUGGCUACAUCUGCUGUUGCUUUUACAGGGUUGUAUGAUGGCCUGGUGGUUUUUCAGCAAGGCUUCAGUUAAAAGUACAAAUGUGGUUUUUACUAAAUCAAAUCAGUUAAAUCCAUUUAUCCAUCUUGUUACCCAUUUUUCCAACAGCUUAUUGAGUUUAGUGGUGCUGCUGUCUUUAAAUGCGACAUAAAAUCUGUGUAGAAGAUGAGAAAGAUAAAGGGUUGGACAAAAUUACUGUGAGCUGUCAGUCAGGCUGUAAUAUAAGCAGCGGUGGACUUACCAUAAGGCAAGUGUAGGCAGCCGUCUGGGACCCAGAAACUAGGGACCCCAUGAAGACAGAAUUUCCAGAAGUUACAUUUAAGGAUAUAACAUAAUAUUAUCAAUUAAAUUAUAGAAACAUGCCUGCUAUUUACAUCUUUAACGACAGUUUUCCAGAUAGACAAAGUUGCCUCCCAUCCAGUGGUAAACUUUGUUGUUUCACUGCCAAGCAAACCGCCACGAAGUAGCCUAACAGGAGAAGGAAACAGCACAAAGAAACCUGACUAACAUGACAUCAUCUCCUGUGUCUUUGAAACUGUUCCACUUGCGUGGUAGACAAACUGAGGUCAGACGUGGAGGGAAAAUAAUUAAAUGAACUUAUGCAGAUAUUUAAGAGUAACCGGAGUACGGCAUAGGCUAGCCUAGGCUACAGCCAAGGGCCCCAGCCAGAGAAGAAAGGGUUAAGCUUCUUAAAUUUGGCAGAUCGAUCUGCCGGCUCGAUACCCCCCCCCCCGAUCUGUGAAUUUUGCUGACAGCACUCCUGCCCCCACCCUGAUCGGUAAGCUUUACCACUGACAUCUUGUACUUUGAUUAACAUAUUAUUUAUGCCCCAUCGUUUUUAAUUCCCUGUUGUUUCUUUUUGGCUCCAAAUGCCCCACUUGGGGGCCCCUCACUUAUGUCAGCCUAGGGCCCCCAGAGAAAUUGUUGGCUCAGGGCUGGACAGGGCCCUAAAGAAACCAUUAAAACAACCAGCACUGCUGCAUAUAAACUGCUUUUCCCUAUAUGUUAUUAAACCAGGAACAUGAGAACUAUUAGGCAAGCCUAAGUAUUCGUUUCACAAAGCGAAAUACAAAUGAAUAACAGUCGUUAUAAAUUGCGCUUGAAUAACGUGGUUAAGACACAGGUGCAUGGAAUUUAGAGUUAGAAAAUGCUCUAUGCGGCUGGGAUUUAGAACUAAUCGACCUUCUAUCUUGCAUGAGGCGACAUAACGGAGAGUGUCAAAGGAGGUGUCUGUUCCGACCCCAUCAGGUACGGCCAGUCUAGGUUCUCUCUCGCUUUAAGGUGGUCAUAACCGUGUUUGGACAAAAUGAAAUGUUUUCGAUUAAUAAAUACACACAUUGUGGCGAGUGUUUAAUAACAGAAGUGGCAGAGACAGAAAGCCAAUGAUUUACACAACCACAACUCUCAAGGGUAGAGUCAUUCCAUGGCAAUGAUUACACGGCAAUGACAUUUACUAUUUACAGAAAUAUAAUCAUACUGUUGAAAGUUCGGCACAAUGGAAAGCAGUCCUGCUGACUAACUCCGCGAUGUCACAUUUAUGUCAACCAAUCGUGGACAGGGGGCGGGACCAGAGCAAGCGAGAAAGUCCCCCGCAAGGGGCAGUGUGCCAAAACGGUGAUUACCGCAGUGACUGUGCAUCGUGUUGCCAGAAUGACGUCGAUUCGUCUGAAGUACAAGGCUAAAGGUCCCCAGGUUCCCAGGUCCCCCAAAACUAAGGAUUGUUUCUAAACACCCAACGGGCAUUAAACGUGGCAUGAAUCGUAAGGGAAUUAAAGAUGCUUAAUAAUGAAUGAUGUGCUGUGUAGUUAAGGUGCAUUGACUGGUAAGAGUGAGCUGUGUUUUGCGUGUGCUCAAUGAUGAAACCGGAUAGAAAUGCUUUCCAGUGCUAUUUGUAUAUAAUUGUGCUGUACUUACCUUAAGAAUUAUAUUGAACGUCAGAAUAAUAUUCAAACAUUUUUUACUUUUUAUAUAUUAACGUUUAAUUCUAAUGUCUGUAUCGAUGUGAUUAAAAAUAAAUGAUGAUUCAAAAACACGA